CUACACACACUUUCUCACUCUCCUACAUCACACACAAUCCACACCACACACACACUAGCAAAAAGCGCAAGCGCAUAGGAGUUGUCAUUGGCCUCAUUGGGGAAACCCGCGUCUCCCGCGCAACACUAGUAACACUGCACAGUGGCAUACUGGCCGGUUGCUAAUUUUACUAAAUACAAAGAGAAAAAAGAAGAAAAGUUUGAAUUACUAUUGAUUUUAUUAAAAUAUUGAUGUAACCUCUUUGCAUAAAUAUUCAAGUUAAUUCAAGAUGGCUGUUUUAGGCGGGAGCUGCAUGCUUGCACUUUCAUUAAGCCUCAUCUUCAUCACGACCACAGCCAGAGCCCAACAGCCACCAGACAUCACCCUCACCGCACUGAUCAAACAAAACCGCUUAGAAGAGGCCAGAAACGCAUCAUCAGUCGACCGAAACCUCUUCCUCAACAUCACCAGUCACUCCGGCUUCUUGACUGUCGAUGAGAAAUACGAUUCGAAUUUGUUCUUCUGGUAUUUUCCCCACUGGGACGCGAAGGAGCGACCCUGGAUCAUCUGGCUGCAAGGAGGCCCGGGGGUCAGCAGCUUGACUGGACUCUUCGACGAAUUGGGCCCGUUUACUUACGACCAUAAAACCCGGAGUUUGAGAAGUCGGGAAUCAGCUUGGACUACGGAAUAUUCUGUAGUGUUCAUUGACAAUCCCGUUGGCGCGGGGCUCAGUUAUACAACAGACGAGCAAGGAUACUCGCGGAGUAUGGACAUGUACACCAAGAAACUCUACGAGGCACUUCAGCAGCUGGCCACAAUGUUCCCCUACCUGCGGCGCGCACCUCUUUACAUCGCUGGAGAGUCGUACGCGGGCCACUACGUCCCUGCACUCGCUAAGGAAGUCUUGGACUGGAAGAAGAAAGGAAGAGACGAUGUUAAUUUAAAGGGUAUCAUGCUUGGAAAUCCAGUGCUGGAGCGCGAGACCUUGGUGAAUAACGACCAGGUCUUCUACCAAUGGGGUCUGAUCGACAGCCAGGGGCUGGCAGCAGUGAGAUCACUGCGGGAUACUUACGAGGAUGCGGUCAGAAGAGAGGAUCCCAAAGCUGCUCGAGAGGCCCGGAACAAAUUCCUUGACCGUCUUGAAGAAAUAAGCAGCCAGCGACAAAACUAUAACCUUUUGUCUGAUGAGAUCUCCAUGUCUGAGCGCGGAGAUUACCUCAUUAGGCCCGAGGUUACGAAAGCUUUGCAUGUGAACACAAGGAGUGACAAAGCGAUACGUUAUUCCAAUGUGGCUGAUAAGCUAGUCCCUGAGUUCUUGAGCCACAUGAGGCCUAUCCUCGAGGAGCUAUUGGAACAUUAUAAGGUUUUGAUUUAUUGCGGUCAGUUGGACCUGAUCUCUCCAUGCACCCCGAAUGCUGAGGUUCGUCGCACGAAGUGGCACUGGAGUAAGAAGAAACUGUUCAUGCAAGCUCAGCGCAUACCCUGGGAGUACAAUGACACUCUUGCUGGGUACGUGAAACGCGGUGGGGGUCUAACCGAAGCCAUGGUCCGUGGGGCAGGACACCUGGUGCCCAUGGAUAAAGGUCCUGAAACCCUGGACAUGAUCCAUCGUUUUAUUUACGAUCGCUCGUUCCCGGCCUAUCACUUUAGUGGAAACCCUGAUUUCGUUCCGGAAAUACGUUAUUAUUAUGAAAACUUGAAGAGGAUUGACUUCGGAAGCGAUCCAGUUGAAAGAUCUUCUAGUGGUUUUAAGACUGCAAUGAUUCUUAGUUUAGUGUUUAACGUAUUGUUAGCGUGCGGAGGGAUUGCUGGUAUUUGGUACUACAAAAUUAGAAUGAGAAGGUAUGUUAACUAUAUGUAUGCCACCCAGGACGAUAGCAGUCUAUCACUUGAAGUUUAGGCUAGGGACCACAGAGUUCUAGGGACACAUCUUCAAGUACU